AUGGGUCGACGAGUUUUAUACCCAUCUACGGCUCUUUUCCGGAAUGUGCUUGUGACCCGUGACCAUGAGCAAGAGGGUUGGGGCUGGGACCGAUAUACAAGCAGUGCCAAGUACUUUGAAGGAGCUCACGCGGAUGAUGAUGACUCGGAUGAUGACCUUCCUCUUAUGGAUGUGCGGAUCCAUCGUCGUGAGAACCAUAUCAUUGAAAAACGCAUUACACGGGAAAAGAAACGCCAAAGGCGUGCCCGAGCUGAACGCCAACGUUUACGAGCAUUAGCACGAGAAAAGGGUAAAGCAGCUUCCGUUUAUGGUGUAACGGAGGAAAGCUCAGAAGGCGAACUGUCCGACGCCUCGAGUGACUAUGAUAUAAGCAGUGAUGAAACAGAUCCUGAGCUGCCAUGGGUUGACGAUUUACGACCUGCUGGGAAACUGUAUGGAAAGAGUCUUAUGUGUGCAGUUGAGGCAGAAAAGAUGCAGCGAGACAGUAAGAUUCGAUUUUAUGGGCAGGUGUCUAAAAACGAUGUUGAUGGACAGCAUCCCUUUCAGAAUGACACAAGAGAGCGUAUGCGUCGAAUCUUUGGAGAUCAAUCUAGGUUCCAAGAAGAGAUGGAAGGCCAUGCAGAACAGGAAACAUUCAGGCUAAAAGACCUAGUUGAUAGCCUCGAUCGGGAUACGCCGGAUCAGACUGAACAACUCACGCCGGAGGAGCUGCGAGCUCAAGAAGUGAUCAAGGAACAUGACAUGGACGAGCAUGUGGCCGAUGCAUGGAAGGGCGAAUCUUCCGAUGACGAUGCUGCCUCCGUGGAUCUUGCUAAAACGUACAAGCCUCGGCGUCGACCACGUGCGUCUAACUGGCCACGCUGGAUGGAUAAGAGUGAAGAUGAUGUACCUCUUUCUGAGCUGCACUUCAAUUCAGCCCCGGCAAGUGACGAUGACAAUUUGCCAUUGGCUUCUCAGCACCCCCAUGCGGAAAUCAUUGCCGAGAAAGAGGCCAUAAUCCGGCGCCUGGAGGAAGAAAACAAGCAUGUACGUAUGAUGCUGCAGUUGCGCACUUCAAUGCCUCCCAUGCCCCUCCAGCCAUGGAUGAUGCCGAUAAAUGGGAUGGUGCCCCAACCUAAUGCAUCGAUGGAACCACACGUGUUUGAUGAACCAUCUUCGUUCCUACAGCCUUUGCCACACAAGCCAAAUGGACUUGCUGAGCCCCCUGUUAUGACUCAUGAAAAUCAACAGGGUGUCCUGGGUUGGCUCUCUGAGCGAGAGACGCCGGACUCGUGA